AUGACGGUAAACGCAGGGACCCUUUUACUCAUUCUUGCCUGUUACGCUGUACAUUGUAAGUACUCGUUCUAUUUUUAUAGGGAAACAUAAUGUUAAACGAUGUGAAUGCUGAUUUAAGUACGUUUGCUAUGAGAUAUGCAUUGUCAAAUACAUUUGCAAAUUUAACUUUGUAGAAUUCUUGUUUGAUACCAUAUACGGCUUUUUCCUACCAAACUAUAUGAGAAGAAAAUAAGUCGCUGAUCUUAGAAUUAAGAUCAUCACUAGAGAAAGAUCCAAGUCUCUUGCAGAAGUGAGUGGUGUGUUUCCUUUCACUAUAACAACAUAACGAUGAAAUUUUAAUCUCAGCCAUGGCAGUCGACGUUCAAGAGGACAAAUUCGCUCCGACACCCCAGUCCGACACCCCUGAACGUCAAGAGCUACCCAAAAGUUUCCAAAAUGCAGGUACAGUAUCAUCACGUUUUUGUAACUUGUCUUGUACUAAGUAUUCUUUUUCGUAGAAUACCAUAGUACGCAUAAAGGAUACGCCUUUGUCAUCGCCCGAAUUUUUUGAAACAAAUGUAUUCCAUAUUGUCGUGUGUCAGAUCAAUAAUAAGUCACAGAUAGUGUCAAAAUGUGGUGAGAACAAAAAAAUGGCAGAGAAAUUGCUCAGUGAAAUGGCAUCGAUUUGCCUUAUGUAACAUUGAAGCGAAAAGUUGGUGAUGGCAACGUCAUCUAUGCGUCACUAUAACGACACUAUAACAACAUAACGAUGAAAUUUUAAUCUCAGCCAUGGCAGCCGACGUUCAAGAGGACGAAUUCGGUUCGACACCCCAGUCCGACACCCCUGAACGUCAAGAGCUACCCAAAAGUUUCCAAAAUGCAGGUACAAUUUCGUCACUUUUUUACAAUUUGUUUUGUAGUAAGUAUUCUUUUUCAUAAAUACGUAGAAUACUAUAGUAGGCAUAAAAGAUACGCCUUUGUCAUCGCCUGAAUUUUUUUAAACAAAUAUAUUCCAUAUUGUCGUGUGUCAGAUCAAUAAUAACUCACAGAUAGUGUCAAAAUGUGGUGAGAACAAAAAAGUAGCAGAGAAAUUGCUCAAUGAAAUGGCAUCGAUUUGUUUUAUGUAACAUUGAAGCGAAAAGUUGGUGAUGGCGUUGUCAUCUUUGUGCCCUUCCUCCAAGAACUCAUAAGAAAGAGCCAAUCAAAAAAUGCAUGCAUACUUCAGCUUAUCAUGUAAUAUCCCAUAGGUUAUCGCAGUGCGAUUUCAUCACCUCUCUUCAGAAGAAUUAUCAAUGGAGCACAUGCCCUUCAUCCUGCCACAUGGCCCUGGCUGGCUUCAUUGAGAACAUUACAUCAUGGUCAUUUUUGCGGUGGCUCACUGAUCAGUCCUGAAUGGGUGCUUACAGCUGCUCACUGCUUUUUUGACCCCCAUACUCAUCAACCUUCAAUCAAUCUUCAGACAAUGCAGGUGUUUUUGGGUAGGUAUACCCAUCAUAGACGGUUGGUCAUUCUUUUAGAAGUAUUAACUAACUAUGAAUCGAAGAGCGAAGGACUGAGCGUUGCCUCCAUUCAACACCCAUCUCCCUCAAAGCAACUUUUUUGGUUUUGUGAGAACACUUAAGAAUUAUCUUACCCUCCAGGUGAGAUUGAGAGGUUGCAGUAUAAAUUCCGGGAAAUAUGAUCUCCAGGAGCUACGCAUCGACCAGAACGGCUGCUAGAUAUAAAAGUGGCCGAAGUUUCUAUAGAUAAUGGAUUUAAGCUUGAUCCAACUGGUUGCAACGGAAUUACACAGUGUACAAUCAUCAGUGCCGCUUUUAUAUAAUCAGUCCGUCUCAAAAAUGAUAUAAAUGGCUUUACCUCGUUGCACAUAUGAAGUCAAAUUUGGAUGCCUAACAUCACGACCACUUCACAUACGUUGUCAAUUUUCUCAUAUUUAGUACUAAAUAUUCAAUUUGACCUGCAGAUAUCGAUUGCUAAUCGAGAUGGGUAAAAAUGUUUUCAUAACUAAAUUAAAUAUAACUUAUUAAAUUAUACUGGAAAUGAUACAGAAACGUAGGCUCAAACGUUUUAAGCUCCAUAUUUUAAACAUUUUGUUUUCAAUUACAAAUUAAAGCUAUGAUAUUUUGAUUGUGCUGAUAGCCGAUCUCGAAAUGUACAAUUGUAUGAGAGCAAUAUGCCUCACUCGUGAUAUAUUUCUUUUUAUUUCAGGUGCCAAGGGUCACAAUCAGCUUAGUAUGCACUUUGGAGUUGCACAGUUGGUCUUGCAUCCCCAAUAUAGGCCGUUUCUACAGGCGGGUCCAUUUGACAUUGCCCUUAUAAGGCUCGCUGGCAGGGUAACCAAUAUCCCACCUGUCCCCUUGCCUAAUAAUAACCCAACAGAACCAUCGCUUACAGCAAAAUGCAUGGCUGCUGGUAAGCAUAUUUGAUUAAUGUUUGAUCAAUAUAAAAAACUUAAAAGAAAAAAAAAAAACUAGACUAUGAGACCGAACUUCUCGCUAUGAUGUGGGAGAGCGGUUGCCUCUUUGUUAGUGAGCUGGAGUCUGGGUGGAGAGGUCUGGGUUCGAGACCUGACCAGGUCAUCGUGUUGUGCACUUGGGAAAAACACUUUUCUUUCACAGUGCCUCUCUCCAUCCAGGAGUAUUAAUUUUGUACCGGUGAAUUGUCAGGGAAGCCUGCUGGGGGGCAACCUCGGGAUAGAUUAACCUCCAUUCAGAGGGGGGGGUUGGCGCUUAGCUUGACAUAACCUUUCCUCACUAUGAUGAUAAAUAUAUUCAUAUAGUCUAGGUAAAGAAUACUCGUCAAUUGCCAAAGCUUCCAACACAAAUGUCUCUACUACGAUUUAAGGAGGAUGUAUGUCAGAUGUAAUGCUACCACGGGUUUUAAUGGAUGUUGCACGUGCACAAAUGUGUCUACAUAACCCAGACUAGCAAUGUCUUUUUGUUUUUCCAUUUUCAACAUUUUGCGGCGUUCCCUGAUGCAAAUAUGAAAGCACCAUCAAAGAUUAAAACUAUUAGCACUGAUUCUAAUCAUCAGGUUGGGGACGUCAUAUACCUGGGCCAAACAGAUUAACCCCUCCAGUUCUUCAACAAGCACCGAUGCCUCUUCAAGACCCUCGGAGAUGUGGAAUGGGCAUAGCUAAUAUUAAUUUCCAGUUAUGUGCAGGAGGAACUGGAACUAGUACAUGCCAAGGGGACAGCGGUGGUCCACUGUUUUGUGAAGACCGUGGAAGGUUUGCCCUCCAAGGGAUCACGUCCUUUGGACACCCGUUUUGCAUAUCUGACCAAUCCAGUGUGUACACUCGGGUCAGUUUUUUCGUGGGUUGGAUCCGAGGAAUCAUGGCAGGUAUAAACUUUUAGUCAUUUACCCACGAUAUGUUUGACCGCAUGUUAGGGGAACUGAACAAAAUUCACCAGUUCGAGGCUUUCGUUUUUCCUUCAUGAUUUGGCUUGUUCACCUAGACCUUCCAUUUCUUUUGGUUAGUUUCAACCAGAAAAGGUUUGUGGUUGUGCAAGGAAAAUUUGUUGAAUUAGCUGACGAGUGUGUUGUUUCGCGAUAGAGUGCCUUAUGUAGUAAAACCAGAAGUAAAAUAAGCUAAACGGCCAAUCAGAUGAAAGGACGAUAUCUCCAGUAAAUCUCAAAUAAAAAUUUCGCAACCUACUUCAAGGGCUAAAUCUGACUGGUUGAGAAAGUGGCGCGAGUUUCCUAGACCAAUCAAAGAGCAAAGUAAAGUUAAUCCAAAGCGACCCCAGGAGAUCGCCAGUUUCUAUUCGAUUUCGUAAAUGAAACUUCAAUAUUGAGGAUCGCGUGAUAUGCCUCAGUCUUAAUCAUUGUAGAUGACACUUGCAGAUAUCAUAAACAUCUUGAGGGGAGCUAUGGAAUUAAGAGAUUGGUAAUCGCCGUACGAGAGAACCGAAAUUUGACAAACCAGUAUAAUUUUCAGUAUAUUUGAUAAUCGGAGGUUUCUUCGUUAAUCAUACAUCAGACCAGAGAAAAUCCCAAAGCAAGCAAGUAAUGGCAGAAGGAGAUGUUUAAAAUUAUUAGAAACUUGCUCACUGACAUUAAAUUCAAACCCUUAAUUGUCAUAAUAACUAUUUUGAACUGACGUAAUUCUUGGAAAUACAAUGAUAGAAACGCGCUGCUGUUGCCUUCUUUUCACUUUAAAUAAAAGAUGAAAAACUUCCAUAACUAUCCCUAACUGUAAUUGAGAGAGAAACCUUUACAAAACAAGUGGAUGACGAUGCAAUUUGCCACUGCUUUUAUGUACGGUGGUAUGGGUGUGCCAUGAUAAAUGAAGAAAGCUGCAGCUACUUUUAUUCCGUUAUAGGACCGAGGCCAGGGCCAGGUGUGCCGCAUCCUUUUAUUCCGAGAUUUCCAGUGCCAGGUACAGUAUUUUAA